CUUGUGUUCCCUCGUGUGCUUUAUGUAUUGAUUUGUUGUUAGUUUAAAAAAUAAAUUUAAAAAAACAGGCGUGUCCGUAAUAGCCUCUUCCGGGAGAUCCUCCUCUUCCUGACGUCGUCGCGUAGCUACCGUUCUGGGAGGCGGAAGGGGGGGGGGUUAUUUGAAGAAAAGCGAAGAGAUUGUUGUCAACAACACGGGUUUCUAACACUGCCCUGGCGAAUUUCACAAAAAAAAUAACAAGAUGUCAGAUACACUUCAUGUCCUUUCUCUUGAAGGACACGAAACCUUCAGGUCAGGAUGCAGGAGACCAAAAAGAUGGAGAGUAUAUCAAACUGAAAGUGAUCGGUCAGGACAACAGUGAAAUUCACUUCAAAGUGAAAAUGACGACCCAUCUGAAGAAGCUGAAGGAAUCUUAUAGCCAGAGACAGGGUGUUCAUAUGAGUACCUUACGGUUUCUAUUUGAGGGACAAAGAAUCUCAGACAACCACACUCCAAAAGAGCUGGGGAUGGAAGACGAGGACGUCAUCGAGGUCUAUCAGGAACAGACUGGAGGACUUCGGAAUAAUUAGUCUUCCUGGAUUUAACUUUUUUGUUGUUGAUGAUAAUAUUGUAUUUUAUAUUUGUACAAUUACUGAGUGAUUUGUUUGGCUUUGUGUUCCUCUCAGUGGUAGAGAUCUCUGCCAGAGAGGAGAGAAUAAUUGUCUGAUACAUCUCAUGUUCUCUUAUCGUCACCUGGUCUGUUUGUGCUGUUUUGAAAAUUCCUAUGAAGGCGUGACUGUAGGAGUUGGCAAGACGGCACAAACAGGGUCUGAAUGCAUUUCAGAGUAGGAUUGCUGAUCGGAGAUCAGUUUUGGGUAUUUAAACAAAAAAAAGUCAGCAGACAAGACUUUUUUUUUUUACCUUGUCAGCUCGGGGAUUCGAUCCAGUACCCUUUUGGUUACUGGCCCAACGCUCUAACCACUAGGCUACCCUGCCGCCCCAUUGACCAAAUGGACAAGGGGGACCUGAUCCUAGAUCAGCACUCCUACUGCUUGAUGUUUACGGCCACCGGAACAAGGUUACUAUGGUCCAGACGUGGUCCAUCAGAAGACUCAUUGGUUGGAUAGAUGACAUCAGAAUGAUAGUGUUUCUUCAGACCCCCACCCCCUAGCUUCAGUUUGGUUAAUUGCCCUCCGUCCCCAUAUCUUUCGACAGUAUAUAUUUUUACUAGCUAUAGAUCCAUACCAUUUAUUGAAGAUCCAGGUAACGGCCAAAGUAAAGGAAACACUAACAUCGUGUCUUUAAUAGAGAGUGUUGGGUGACCACCAGCCAGAACAGCUUCAACGCACCAUGACAUAGAUACUACAAGUGUCUGGGACUCUAUUGGAGGGAUGCCACACCGUUCUUUCUUAAGGAAUUCCAUCGUUUGGUGUUUCUUUGUUGGCGGUGGUGGAAAACGUCUCGGGCGCCGCUCCAGAAUCUCCCGUCAGUGUUCCAUCGGGUUGAGAUCUGGUGACCUGAGAUGGUGGUGGUAUAUGGGUUUUAUCAUUUUAAUACUCAAAUUAUUCAGUGACCUCUCAAGCCCUGUGGAUGGGUUCAUUGUCAUCCUAUGGAGGGCAUGGUCAUGGUAGCCAAAAUAAUGGCCAUGCUCAGCAUUUUUUUUCCCCCGUGACCCUAAGCAUGAUGGGAUGUUAAUUGCUUAAUUAAUUUGGGAACAACACCUGUGUGGAAGCACCUGCUUUCAAUAUACUUUGUAUCCCGUCAUUUACUCAGGUGUUUUGGCAGUUACCUGUAGCUAGCAUGCCACUGUUAAUUCCCAACUUCAGGUCUGUGUGUUAUCCAGUUGUUACUUUACAGGUGGCAUGUAAUACGACGUCACUAAUGUCUCCUCCUCGGUUCAUUCAAAGCGCUUGUCUUCAGUAACACACCAGGGGUAUUUAAUAACCAAGUUCUCAUUCACUUCUCUUUCUGUUAGAGAACUUGUAAAAUACCUUACUAAAGGGCUCUGUUCAAUCUGCAUCGUCGAAGUUCAGCUUUACACAAUAUAAAGACAACGUUCCCCGCUUUAUCGGAGACUUGUGCAGCUUUUACCGAGAAUCAUGUCGUCGGCUCAACCGGAGAGACUUCAUUCCCGGUAAACGCUGCACAUGUCCUCGGCUCAACCGGAGAGACUUCAUUCCCGGUAAACGCUGCACAUGUCCUCGGCUCAACCGGAGAGACUUCAUUCCCGGUAAACGCUGCACAUGUCCUCGGCUCAACCGGAGAGACUUCAUUCCCGGUAAACGCUGCACAUGUCCUCGGCUCAACCUUACUGUACGUUAAUCUGAGCUGUGUAGUACUCUGUAGUACUGAUUACUGUACACUGAGUACGUUAAAGGCCCAGUGCACAUUUUUCUUUGUUCUGUAUAUAUAUUUCCACACUGAGGUUGGAUUAAUAUUGUGAAAAUAAUGAUAAUGCUCUUUUAGUGUAAGAGCUGAUUGGAAAGACCGCCCACUUGAAAUUCCAGCCUGUUUUUGUUUUGGUGGGAUGGAGUU